CCAGACUCAAAAGAUCUUUCUUUUCAGACAGGAGAGCAGCGAAGAUGGUUCUCUUUGUAGCUCUGGGGCUGUUGAUGGCUGGGUUCUGCCCUGCUGUUCUCUGUGAACCAGAUGGCACAUUGGGAAGAAACACUGAAGUCCAGGAAGACCAAAACAAAGGGACACGUGUGGACAGUCUGACACUGGCCUCCAUCAACACUGACUUUGCCUUCACCCUCUACAAAGAGUUGGCUUUGAAGAAUCCAAAUAAAAACGUUGUCUUCUCCCCACUCAGCAUCUCAGCUGCCUUGGCCGUCUUGUCCCUGGGAGCAAGCAGCAACACCCUGGAAGAGAUUCUAGAAGGUCUCAAGUUCAAUCUGACAGAGACCCCUGAGGCAGACAUCCACAGGGGCUUUGGGCACCUCCUCCACACGCUCAGUCAGCCAGGGGACCAGGUGAAUAUCAGCACAGGCAGCAUGAUAUUUGUUGAAAAGCGCCUACAGAUCCUGGCAGAGUUCAAGGAGAAGGCAAGGGCACUGUACCAGGCUGAGGCCUCUGUGACUGACUUCCAGAAGCCUCAUGAGGCCAAAAAGCUCAUCAAUGACUAUGUGAGGAAACAGACCCAGGGGAAGAUCAAGGAACUGAUCUCAGACCUGGAUGAGAAAACAUUAAUGGUGCUGGUGAAUUACAUCUACUUUAAAGGGAAAUGGGAGAUGCCCUUUGAGCCUCAUUUCACACGUGAGUCUGACUUCUACUUGGAUGAGAAGAGGUCUGUGAAGGUGCCCAUGAUGCGCCAUACAUUUCUGACCACACCCUACUUCCGGGAUGAGGAUGGGAACUGCUCUGUGGUGGAGCUAAAGUACACAGGCAAUGCCAGUGCCCUGUUCAUCCUCCCUGAUAUGGGCAAGAUGCAGCAGGUGGAAGCCAGUUUGCAACCAGAGACCCUGAAGAAGUGGAAGGAUUCUCUGAGGUCCAGGAUGAUUGACAAGCUCUACAUGCCCAAGUUCUCCAUCUCCAGUGAUGACAGCAUAGAGGACAUCCUUCAACAGCUGGGCAUCAGGGAAGUCUUUUCCACACAGGCUGAUCUAUCUGGGAUCACAGGGGCCAAGGACCUGACAGUCUCUAAGGUGGUCCACAAGGCUGUGCUGGAUGUGGCUGAGACAGGCACAGAAGCAGCUGCCGCCACAGGAAUCAUGGCUGUGGGAUCGGCUCUAAUUUUGAACCCUCUGGAAGUGAAUUUCAACAGGGCAUUUCUGAUGAUUAUCUUUGACACGAAUACUCAGACUCCACUCUUUAUGGCCAAAGUCUCAAAUCCCAAUGAAAAGUAGAACUUCCCAAGUGGUGAAGCUUCUUUCCAGGAGCCAGGGAUUAAGCCUAUAUAUGGCUCUCUAUGUGCAUUUUGGCUUCCAUGUUCUGAUUGGCUGUGGCAUGCCUGAAUUGACAGUGACUGUGACUAAUUGUAUGUCUCAAACACAGAGGAGACUGUUGGCAGGGGCUCCUUACCCUCCCGACAUAUAACACAAUGUUGGAUCCCUCAUUCCUGCAGCUGCAUGGAGCUGGUUUUCCAGACCAGCUUCCUUCCCCUAGUACACCUACUUAGGGCAGAGGAGUCUUUUUCUUCGUUCCAAGCUGACCAACAUCACACAAGAGAUGGACACCUCCACCUUCCUCACCCAAAUGCAGGGCUUUGAGCAAAGGAUCAAUAAACCUACAACUGUA